AUGUCCUCCGUCUUCAACAUCAAGGAGCACGUCCUCGACGGCUCACACAUCCGCGAGUUCCCCCGCGCCCUCUCCCGCUCCCAAGACGACGUCCUCAAGCUCGCCGUAAAGGAGUACAUCCCAAAGGAUAACCCGAACCCCAAGCCCGGGGACGUCACAAUCAUUGGCGCCCACGCCAACGGCUUCCCCAAGGAACUCUACGAGGCCCUCUGGCAAGACCUGCACGCCCAAUCCCUCCUCCCAACCUCAACCUUCCGCAUCCGCUCCAUCAUCAUCGCAGACGCAGCCUGGCAAGGCCGCUCCUCAUCCCUCAACGAACCUCUCCUCGGCAACGACCCGGGCUGGUUCGACCACCCCCGCGACCUCCUCCACCUCAUCAACACCCUCCGCCCGCCCCGCCCCCUGCUCGGCGUAGGCCACUCGUUCGGCGGCAACGCGAUCGCCAACGUCGCCCUCAUCAACCCGCGCCUCUUCUCCGGCGUCGUCCUCUUAGACCCCGUCAUUUCGAAAUGGUCGUCCAAUGCAAAGGGCACCAUCGCCGCCUCCCCUGCGGCAGCGAGCGCUAGACGGAGGGACCUCUGGCCCUCCCGCGAGGAGGCGCGCAAAGCGUUCCUCAAGAGCCCGUUUUACCGCGGCUGGGAUGAGAGGGUAUUUGAAGCCUGGAUGGACCACGGUCUCCGCGACGUGCCCACACAACUCUACCCCUCCACCUCCAGCACCAAAACCCCCAUCACAAAAGAAAGCGUAACCCUCGCAACGACAAAACACCAAGAAGUCUUCACCUACUUCCGCCCCUCCUGGCACGCCUACGACUCCUCCGGCACACAGCUCGUCAACCCCGACCUCGUCCCGGACCUCGACCCGGCCCUCAACGAGCGCUACUACACCUUCCCCGUCUACCGCUCCGAAGGCGCCUCCACCCUGAUUCGCCUCCCUCACUUGCGACCAAGCUGUCUCUACGUAUUCGGUGGCGCAAGCGACCUCUCCACGCCGGAACUGCGCGACGAAAAGAUGCGGUUGACGGGGACGGGCGUCGGCGGGAGCGGCGGGGUUGCGAGGGGGAGGGUGAAAGAGGUUACGCUCGAGGGCGGGGGCCAUUUGUUCCCGAUGGAGGUUCCGGGUGUGAGUGCAAAGUUGACGGCUGAGUGGAUUGAGAAGGUGAUGGGGGAGUGGAGGGUCGAGCAGGAGGAGUAUGAGCGGUGGACUAAGUUGAGUGUUGAGGAGAAGACGACGCUAACGGAGGAGUGGAUGGGUAAGAUUGGGGGGUCGGCGAGGCCGCCCAAGGCGAAGAUUUAG